GAAAAACCCUACUCAACGUAUGCAGCUCAAUUAAUGCAUUUGCUAUAGGAAAUGUUAAAAAAUGGUCUGAAAAUGAAGAGUAUAAGGAAAUAUUCCUGCUUUUCAAGACUUUUAAGAGGUUAUAAGCCUCAAGGGUUUGCUUUUACUAAAGGUUUUCAUAAUGGUUCAACAGUAAACGAUACAAAGGAGGACGAUCAUUUGAUUAUUUUAGAGCCUAAAAGGAAAAGAAUUUCUUCUAAAAAAUUUCAAAAUGUUCCUUCAGUGACUCACAAUUUUGUUGAAUCCAUGGCAUCAGAACUCUUAAGAGAUCCAGGAAAUGAGGAGUCUAUAACCGAACUGCGUCGAGCUCUAGAUUCUUUAAAGCCAAAGGAAAAAGAUAUUUCAUCGGCUAGACUCACUCAACUUGAAAAAGCCGUAGAUAAGUCUUUUCGACUUCAGCAGCUUCGAAAACUCAUUGAGUCCUUAACACUUAACGGAGCAGGAAAACAAAACAAGGCAGGACUUAUCAAAUAUAUUAUACAAGACCACUGGAAAAUAAAAGUUAAAUCUUCAAUUGAGGAUGAUUUGGUAAAGGAAUUAGAAUUGCAGGUCAGCCCUGUCGGCAUGUUUUUCUUGCUAUUAGAUAAAGCAGCUGAUGUCAAAAAUUUGUCCAGAAUACAUGAUUGUCAUGUAUUCUUUAAUAUUUCGGAUUACCGUAUUCGUGUCCAGGGAAAGAAUAAAGCUGCGGAAAAUAUGAAGGACGAUGUUUUUAAUCGCCUUAACCAGAUACAAGUGGCUUCAUUUCAAUUUCCGGAAGCCUUAGUGUCAUUAGUAAAAGAAAAUCUUAAGGAAUUUUCUCAGAGAACGAAAGCCUUUCUUGAAGUUCGAAGCAAAACUGAAUUGAAGAUCAGUUCCAUUCUUGAAGACGGAAGAACGUUUGAAGAUAUUAAGAAGACGCUGUAUGCGUUGGUGAAUGGGUUUUUUUGUGGAAAUAAGUUUUAUUCCGUAAUUCCUUCUAAGAAACUAAAUACUACAGUUGGUCUUAGGAACAAUGCGUUCUCUAUGCCAUGGUUUACAAAAAAUAACAAUACCUGGAAAAGGUGGAUGAAAGACGUUGGAUACUCAUGGGACACUAGUAUUCAAAGAAGCGAUUCCUUUGAAAAUUUCUCAACAGUUCUUCCAAGUUUCACAUCUGAGCAUCCUGCAUCGUCUCUCGAUAAUAUUUUGAUUACCCCACUGACUAAUCAGAAAAAUAGUGAUUACUUACCAAUCAACUCUUAUAUAAGAGAACAUGAAGGUAGUUUUUUAUUGGAUAAACAAAUGUCUGAACAAUCUUCCCAUUUUACCGAUACUAUACCUAUUGACUAUUCCCUGAAAGCAACUUUUGGGCAUUCUUUAUUCCAUAGCAGAUUUUUUUCUUCAAAAGAAAAUGAAUUUCAUUCAUUAGCCCCUUCAAAAAGUACCGAUGGAAGUGCUUAUAAUAUUUUUAUUCCUGGUAUCCCCAAUCUCUUACCGACACUUUUCCAUGUCAUAUCUAAAGAAGAGUUACUUAACUGUGAGUCUUUCAACGAAAGAAAGUUACUGUUUGUGCCAACUAUCGAAUCGAAUCAGUUAAAUAAUCCACAUUAUCUGGAAAUGUCGUUCUCAUCCCCAGAUAAAGAUGAUGGUUUAGAAAGGCAGAAAAAACAGUUAUAUGUGAAAAGCCAUAAGCAAAGUCAAAUGCUUUUACCAAUGCAUUCUGUUGACCUCUUAAUGAGUUCCUGUAGUCGUCAAACAAUCCCUUGGGAAGACGCAUUUAGCGAGUAUGCUGCCAAGUGUUUCCCAUACUUGAGUGCUAAAAAGUUCCAUAAAUGUCCCAACCAACUUUGUCUCUAUUCUCCACAAAGCGGUUCGAAACAAGACUAUCAUCUAUUAACUUAUGAAAAGCAUGAAUGUAAGAAAUUCAGAUUGGGGUCCUCCGAGUUAUUAUGCUCCUAUGUUGCAUCCCCAUAUUUUACUGGCGCGGUUUUGGAAGUUCAAGGCGCUUGUUCUAUCGAGGACUUUUUGAAAAAUGUUUGGAAACUUGUUGAUCUUUACCAAUUUCCAAAUUGAUGGACUGAUUAAGCGUCGUAUUUGGUGAAGUAUCAAGGUUUCAUGAUGCUGUUCAUAAUAAUGAUUAAAAUUACGCUGUACAUUAAUCAAACUUAAAAAAUAAUACAUUUAUAGCUUCAAUUUUGUAUGUUGGUCUCUACGUAUGUGCCUUCGGCAUUGGUUCAAUAAUUACUACUUUAAAGAUGAAUGGGUCCAC